AUGAUAGAGCACAAAAAGUGGCGGGUCAGCGUCUACUCGGCAAGCGCUGCCGUGUGUCUGCUUUGCGCCUCUGUCACUGUUUUCCCGCUCUACACUCAAGAAUUCAGCAACACAUUAGGGUACUCCACACUGCAGAUCAAUGCCGUCUCUAUCGCAGCGGAAGUCGGUUUGUAUGUGAUUGUGCCGUACCUUGGCUAUUUGGCGGAUACUUACCGCCUGUCAAACCUGGGUGCGCUGGGGGCAGUGCUGUUUCUCAUCGGGUAUCUCGGGGCCGGCUGGACAUUCGCCAACCAUGCUAGUUAUAUUUAUAUGGCGUUUUCUUUUGCGCUUAUUGGUGUGGCAACCUCUGCAGUCUACAUUUCUGCGCUGGUUUCAUGUACGCGAUUGUAUCCCAAGCUCUCGGUUUUGGCUAUUUCGGUACCAACUACCGCCUACGGUCUCUCGUCGUUGAUAUACUCUAGUGUCAUAUCCUGGGCUCUUGGCAAUGAUGGUGACUCGGAUGCAGCCGUAGUGCGUGUGUUCAAUGUUUUAGGCGUUGUCCUUUUCAUCCUAGGUGUAUUGUCGUGGGUCCUCCCCCGGCUGGCUCAUAUUGACGUUGUGCCUAGUCCCGUUCUGGAGUCGGGUGAAGAAGUACCGGUUAGCCAUUUCCAUCGGUUCGUAAACGAUCGUGAACCUUGGAUUUUGCUAGUAUCUUUCAUCCUAGUUUCAGGGCCUUUGGAAAUGUAUCUCAACAACCUUGGGCUCAUCAGCGAAAAAGUCCAUCCCCGCCCCUCCACUAGCACGCAAGUCAACAUGUUUUCUUUAACCAGCACAAUUUCCCGGCUGUUAAUGGGUGCCCAUGUGGACAUGUAUGGUCAUCACAUUUCGCCCGCGAGCAUGCUCGUGUUUAUAUGCGGGGUUUUGGCCGUGAACCAGUUCGCCCUCGCUGCGGGAUGGUUUGGUUCUUGGUUCUCUAUCAGCAGUCUCAUUAAUGGUUUCGGUUACGGUACUGUCUUUACGCUUUAUCCUAUUCUCGUCACAAAAGUCUGGGGGCUCGACGGAUUCGCUACCUAUUGGGGUAUGUUUAUCCUGGGUCCUGCCAUUGGACUCAUAAUCUUUGGCGUUGAGUUUGCAAUGACAUACCAGACGUUUGGUCUAAAAGCGAUCUUUUAUACUACAUCCGUGGCCAUGCUGGCUAGUUUGACUAUUGUCUACGUCCUAACUCGACACUGGACCAAACGCAUUAAACUGCAUUAA